AUGAAAACUAGAAGGACUAAUCCUCACAAGCAGAAACUCUCAAAUAGAGCUAAUCCUGAGCUAAACUGUGCAUACUCCAAGAGUGGGAGAUCCCGAGGGUUAUUAGCCUCUGGAGCAUUCCGAUCCCUUUCCUCAGCCACUAGUUCUAGGACGCUCAAGUCUCAAGCUAAAUUUAAAUGCCUUCAAGGUAAAAAUAAUGAGUAUAAUGAUGAGAAAACCGAACAAAGUCAGACCAGAUAUUGUAGAUCAAGAGUCUGACUCCAAGAAAUUCAGAAAUAAACAGAAGAAAAAUAGAGUUACUAAGAGGAAUAAUAGCCUCUCGUUGAGGUCACUUGAGCGAGAGCGAUACAUUGUCAAGUCUAGAGCUCCGAUCAUGAGCACUACUGAUAAACAGGAGUUACUUGAUGGACUUGAACAUGAGUAUAGCACUUUUAACAGAAGAACAUGAGUUGAUAGAAAGAAACAUUGCAUUAACGACUCUAUCGACAAAUUUCGGAAUUUAACAUCUUUACCGACAGAGGGAGUUUUGAAUGAAUUUCAAAUUUUUAAAACUAAAUCAUCCUCCCUAGCACCUAAAAUGAAAGAGAUGUACUUCAGUGUAGAGCCAGGGGAUAUUAAAUAAAGUCUUAGUCAAGAAGGACACUCAAGAAACUUUAGACUGUUCCAAAGCUCCUAACAAGAGGUCCCAGCAAGCUAUUCUCAGGUAUUUCUCUGUCUUAAUCUCAAGCCAACUCCCUAACAACAAUAAAGAGCUACCUCUGAAAGAACAAAUCGAGGAAUACACAAAGAAAUGUGAUAAGAAGGUUGGGAGAUCAGUAAAUAAAAUCAACAAAUGGAAAUCAGUUCCGAGCUCAAUGGUUUCUAAACUCAGCAAGCACUGCAAGACUCCUAGAGCUACCCAAGGAGGGGUGAGUAGUAAUACUAAAGAGGAAUGGGAUCGGGUGAACAAACUUCACGAAGAUAUUGACAAGAUCAAUCUUAGCCUUGGUUUAAAAGAUAGUCCCAAGAUUGAUAUCCCUGUUCAAAAAGAAACUAAUGAGCCUUAUAAUUGUGUUGAAAAUUUUGAAAUCAUAAAUAUUUCAAAACCAUACAAAACGAGAAAGUUAGCGAGCAGCACACCAGGGUCGAAUAAACUCAGCUUCAAGGGCCCUAAAUUUCAUAAGAUAAGUUACUCUAGAAAACUGGAAAGACCAGAGAAUGCUGAUAAAAUCAAUACAAUACUUCGAGGUAGUAUCGGGAAAGCUACUACAAGUCGAGAUUGAAAAAUAAAUGAUUUUGCUAAUUCAGAUUUGACAAAUAGAGAUUCAAGCCACGAUGGGACAAAAAUCUUCAAAAGAACGCGAGUCCAUACAGAUUAUCGCACUGCUAGUCAUAACAGAAACCAAGAAGCACUAAAAUCUCUCGAAAGGAAUCUAGUAAAGUGUCUCUCGAAAGUAAAAACUAAGAAAGGUGUAGUCCCUAUGAAGAGUGAAUACAAACACAAAUCUUCAUUUAGUGCGAGUAAAGGGCUAAAUAAAUGCCAACAAAAGGUGCAAAAUACGAACUGAAUCAGUAGAAAACAAUCCAUUCAUAAAAAUUUGGCAUAUAACACAUUAGACAAAAGUAAGAUAUAGCCACCUCCAAGCCCAAAGUAGUCACUGUCCAGCUCACACACGACAUCCACCCCAAAACAGCUACUCCUUACCUCCAAAACUCCCAAUCCUCCCCACAAGCCCAGGCUCCUCACUCAAAUUUCAAAGCCACAUUCUGAAGACAAGGCGAUGGCCAAAAUUUUGGAAUCCUUCCUAAUGUACAGAUCAACCUUACUGAUGAACACUUGGGAGUGGGCCAAUAUGAGAAAUCAUAUUCGAAUGAGUCGAGGCAAAUGGAUAUUUCAACUUGUUCGAAAACGUCGAAGGAAGGAAGUGAGAUUAGGAAGUUUACGAUUCUGGAGAAGAUUCGGAAUAGGGGUGUUUAUAAGCAUGCUUUAAGGACGAAUAGGAACACUAUUACGCGUGAGAAGAUUAAUGGGCUUGAUAAAGAUCAUUGAAAAUCUUUUAACCUUACCCAAUCGGAGAUUAAUUUGGAAUCGGCUGAUACAGAAAGAGUUGAGAUGAAUAAACCUUACAGAACACCUCUUAUGUCCAAUAUAAAUAUCUUUGGAAACUCAUUUUCCAAGAAAACCUCAGUGUCAACCCUCCAAAGAACCCCUAAGCAUGUUCUUACCAAAGACCCUCAGAAAAUCGCCACAGGCAAAAUCGAUCUAAAACCCAACACCUUGGUCUAAAAAUCAAAAAAACUGCUUAAAGCACCUCUAAAUCCCUCUAAACUCAUUCCUAAUUCUAAUUCUGAACAAAAACAGUUU